GCUCUUUGGAAAUAGGUGGACAAGUCUACAGUUUUGCUCAUGUCCGAUGAGCAGCUUGCAAGUUUGGGCGUCAACACAAUUGGCGACCGCCUGCGACUAAAGGCAUUUUGUUCGUCCGGAGCGUCAACUUCCAGAGGACCUGAUUCUUCAGCCGACAAGCAAGCAAAAAUAGACAGAGUAAAAGCACUUUUACAGGAAAAUAAGCGGGGCAAGAAGGCAAAUGCGAAGAACGAUUCCACUAAUUACGCUGCAAAGGCGCGUAAAAAGGAGACAUUGAAGUUAGAAUUUGGCUGGAAACAUUGGUCGAAUGGAAAGUACAAACAGAAACGCAGUGAUCGCGGAGGUGGAAAACACCGGAUGAAUGUUUGCAGGGAUGCAGGGUACGAAGAAUGCCUUCAAAUUGCUAAGAAGCUUUUCUUUCCCAGAGGUGUAAGCUCUGAAGGUCCCGAAGAUGAUAUGCAUUUUGUCCUUGCAAACUAUGCAGACCUACCAGUUAACGAUUUAGAGGAUGAUUCUGAAAACGUGCCAUUUUCUGCGGGAAAGUACAAGGAAAUAACUGGGUUUACCCUUCCAAGUGUUUAUCUGCUAUCGAGGAGUUGUUUGUCAGAUGACGAUAACACCUCAGAUGACGGUCUUCACGAGUCUGUGUUUCGGGACACUCUGCCCAGCCUCUUUGAUGAAGAUAAUGGAGAUUUCCUCCAAUCCUCAAUGCUCAUUGGCAGUAGCAGUGAGAGAAAAGCGUUUUUUGAAGAUCUCAAAGAGCAAGUUGCCAAAUCAGAAACUGAAGACGCAGCCAAACAUUCCACGAAAGAAGCCGCGGAGAGGAAGCAGCGCGAACUUAUGGAGCAAGAGAUAGCUAAAGCUCAAGAAGAAGCAGAAGCGUUGAAUUUGUUGAGGAAGGCACGAGAGGGACGGGUUCCACCUCAGCCUAACGAAAAUGGAGUUAUUGUUUCAGUACGUCAUGUUGACUUAGGUGUCCUAACGCGAUCAUUCCCCUCUUCGGCUUCAAUGUUGGCAGUGUACGAUUGGAUUGGAUCCCUUAGCCUUACUCCUAAGUAUUUUAGAUUGACUAAGAUGCCUAAUUUUACUCUAUACCCUGAGGAAAGUGUGGCUGUCGCCGACAGAGAGCUCCUUUCAAUGUUGGAAGAAAGUUUUCCAUUACCAUUAGCGUUAGACGAGAAUGAAGUAACCUUCUUUGAAGGAGAAAGUGAUAAACCCAAGACAUCUGCUGACGCGACUUUAUUGGAUGUCUCACCAAAGCCACCAGAAGUUCUUCUUGAGAGUGACGACGAAACGCAAACAACAGAGAUAAUUACACAUGACAGCUACGCAAGCUUGGAAGAGCGCCGUAAGCAGGAGCAUAAUGCACUGGAGAAGAAUCACGAAAAGAUCGUCACCAUUAGUCGACAUAAGAUCACUGAAUAA